UUGUAACAGGGGGAUCAAGGAGAGUGGCCGGGAAGAGACUGUAGAAGGUUCAUCAUUUGGGGGGCUUCUGGGAUGAUGGCCGCCUGCAAUUGACCGGUGAUCCAACAAGGAAAAAACAAACGGGUCAGUGCAGUGCAGCGGUAUGGGUCUCUCUUCGAGCCUGAAUAGUCCGAAGUUCAACCUGUGCUGCCCCCGUCGUUCCCCCAGCGAAAGGAUCACAAAGCAGCAGGCCGUCAGAAGCAUCGAGUUGCAGCCAAGCCCAAGGUCGCAUUCUUGCAGAUCCCGCAAAGACAAAAGCCGGACCGCAUUCGAUCCCAGGAGGAGCCCCCCGCACAGGCAGGCUCAUCAUGUCCGACGACGAGGCCGAUCCAGAGCUCCUGGCCCUCCUCCGCCAGCAUUUCCAGGGCAAGCUCAAUAUCGACGAUGAGCCGGAGACGGGCGUCCUCGAGGGCGCCGAAUUCGUUUACGACAACUCCAUCGAUGUUGCCAUCGACAUGAGGUCCACCAAACGCGCCGCCGCCACCAUCUACGCCCAGAUGGAGCAAAAGCAGUACUCGACCUCGACCUGGGCCGAGCACGAGCUGCAUCCCAAGGCCAAGGACGAGGCCACCGCCGCCUUCGUCUUCACCAUGGACCUGCUCAACUUCUGCUUCUGGUCCGAGAAGCCCGACGACGAGAGGUUUGCCGUCGAGUACCGUGGCAGGACGUGGACUGGCUACUGGAGCAUGGUUGCCUCGCUGCAGCGCGCUCUCGAUGAGGACAUUCCCAUCACCAGCCCCGACUUUUGGCAAAGCGAGGACGAGUGCACCAUGGAGCUCAUGAGGCAUGUUUUCCGCUCCAAGACGGACGAGGAGAUGCCCUUGCUCGAGGAGCGCCUGGCAUGCCUGCGCGAAGCCGGCACCGUGCUGUACGAGAUGUACAAUUGCAGCGUCACGAAGCUCAUCGAGGCCGCCAACGGCUCCGCCGCUAGGCUCGUCAAUCUCCUCGCCCGGGACUUUGACUGUUUCCGUGAUGAGCACAAGUUUGAGGGCCGUCGGAAACCCGUGAGAAUUCUCAAGAGGGCGCAGAUCCUCGUGGCAGACAUUUGGGCGUGCUUUGGCGGUGAGGGCAUCGGUGCCUUCAGGGAUAUUGACAAGAUUACAAUGUUCGCCGACUACCGCGUUCCACAAAUCCUCAACACCAUGGGCUGUCUGUAUUAUAGCCCUUCGCUGGCGACGGCUAUCGUUGACAAGCGAGUCAUCGAGAGUGGAUCGAGGCUGGAGUUGCAGAUGAGAGCGUGCAGUAUCUGGUGCGUCGAGCUCAUCAAGCGGGAGAUCCAGAGGGAGCAUCCCGGAACAAGCGUCAACGCCAUUCUGAUUGAUUUCUUCCUAUAUGAUACCAUGAAGGAGCUGGAGGCCGCCGGUACAGAGACGGUAGGCCAUCACCGUACGAGAAGCAUAUGGUACUAGAGCAGCUCAAUGUUACUGUGAAGAUGACGUGACAAUAAAUGCCUCUGGAAAGGGGUAUAAUUCCGGGUCGCUGUUAUCCAGCUUAGCUAAUAUCGUGCGGCUACGUGUACAGCAAUCCUCUUCUCGCAUGCCUCGUAAAUCCUUGCUGCAAGCCGUUUACUUGAAGGGACUGGUUCAUAAAGUCAUUGUGUCAAACUCCAAACUCCCCUGCUUUCAUCGUGAUCGCACACUUCACGCUCUUAAUCU